CAGGAGCAAGUCACAAUCAGUCCGAAUCUGUACAUCGUCAGUCCAACAAAAAUGAUUCUUAUUCUUUCAAGUUUUGUGUCUCUCCUGUUAUUACCUGUGAUACGAGGCCAACGUAUUUCGGAGCAGAAAUGUAUCGAAUACAGGACAGCUAACAUGAUGGUUGAAGAUACUUUACACUGCCAACAAACUAAAUCACUGAUUCUUCUGCCUGAGACGUUUGCCGGACAACGUGAAUUUCCCCAUCACACGUUGAUCGGUUGGCGUUCGGACAAUCCUGGUGUAAAAUAUGAGUUUCUAUGCAGUGGAGCACUGAUAAGCGAUCGAUUCGUUUUAACUGCUGCCCACUGUGGAUACUCGACAAGUAGUGGUACACCUGUGGUAGUGCGUCUCGGUGGGCACAAUCGCCAAGAUGAACUUGACAACCAUGUGGAGGAUAUGGACAUUGAACAAUUCAUAAAACACCCGCAGUACUCUGCCCGCUAUGCUUACCAUGACAUUGCAUUGGUCAAGCUGAAGGAUCGGGUGUCAUUUUCCAACGUCAUUCGUCCGGCUUGUUUGUGGGCCGAGCAGAAUAUGAACUUUACAUCGGCUACGGCUAUCGGGUUCCAGUUGACAGAAUAUGGAAGCAAAAGUUCGUACGUGCUCCAGAAGGAAAAUUUGGAUGUGGUAUUCAAUGCCAAGUGCGAAAUGUUCUACAACGGCUCGCGGAAGUUCCCAACCGGAUUAAGUGAGCAACAGUAUUGCAUGACUUCAACUGGUAACAGGAAAGAUAACUGCCAAGGUUACUCGGGUGGACCCGUUCAAGUGCUUACCGAUGCACAAAACUGCAUUUAUCACGUAAUAGCAUUUACUUCUUUUGGAUUGAUCUGUGGUGCUGGGAAUGCACCGACCGUGUAUAGCAACGUUCCGAGUUAUAUCGAUUGGAUUGAAGAAACAGUGUGGGGUUAAUUUGUUCGAUACUGCAGUAAUCGAUUAAAAUAUAUUUUAACAAUUUAA